AUCACUCAACCAUCAUCCUAUACAACCCUAGAUAUUUUCGCGCAUCUUUUUCGCCAUGUCAAAGAGUGGGAUUUCCAACUUUGACACACCUAAAAAGGCUCGCAUUAAGGGUGCAGCUGAGUUCAUGGAUGCAAAAGGUAUACCAUACUUACAUACUGAUCUCUUCGCUUUCAACCACGUCUCUAAGCAACAAGGAUGGGCUAUAUUGAAGGAGAAGGGAGUAGAGCACGAUCGGACGCAUCAUAAUGAUCCUACAACCGAAGAAAAGCGCGGAAGAAAGCCAAAGUUGAGCCAGAAAGACCUGGAACGUUGCGACAGAUUCCUUCAAGAUGUCGGAUGGGAUGGAAGAGUCCUGACGUGGCCACAACUUGCAGAGGAGCUUCAGCUCGACGUUUCUGGCAACACUCUUCGCUCCGUGCUCGGUUCUAUGGACUAUCACAAGUGUAUUGCAUGUACAAAAGGCUGGGUUUCAAGGAAGCUUGCGAAGAAGAGAGUUGAACAUUCUGAAACGAUGCUUGCACUCAAACCUACCGCAGAAGACUGGCGAGACGUACGCUUUUCAGAUGAAGUACACUGCCGUGUAGGUCCUCAAGGCAAGCUUCGGAUUAUCCGGAAGCCUGGGGAGCGUUACUGUAGUGACUGUAUUCAAGAGCAGCUGAAUCGAGAUGAUGAACGAACGUGGGAAACCUCGCACAUCUGGGGCGCUGUUGGCUACAACUUCAAGUCAAACCUCACGUUUUACUCAAAUCCAACCAACCGAAACGGCAAGCUCUCUCUUCAUGUGUAUCGGGAUCAAAUCCUGGAGCCUGUGGUGAAGAAAUGGGUCCAAAAUGAUCCCCCCUUUAUCCUAGAAGAAGACAACGAUUCCGGGCAUGGAGGUGGAAGCUCUUCCAACAUUGUAGCCACCUGGAAACGCCAGAAUAACCUCGAUUUCUUCUUCAAUUGUUCGAAUUCUCCUGAUCUUUCACCCAUAGAGAACUGCUGGCAAGUGAUGAAACAACAUCUCAAGAAGUUUCCGCACUGGGAUGAGUUCGAAACGAGAGAACUGGCCUCCGAGGGAUGGCAGAAAGUAUCACAAAGCUUCAUCAAUGAGCGCAUUAAUCAGAUGCCAGAAAGACUGCAAGCUUGCAUUGAUAUGGAGGGUAGAAUGACUGGUUACUGAAGAAAAACGGGAUGAAAACACACCCUGAACGCUCUGUUGAGCUACAACCCCAAGAAAAAGUCUGUAUACAGCUUUCAUAUACAAUUGCAAAGCUUCAAGC